UACACCUUUAUCAUUCUCAGUACUAGUCGAGAGAUUAACCAUGAAGUUCCUAUUCGCUAUCAUUGCCGCUGUGACGGUUACUUAUGCAUUUGCAGCAGAUGAAUGUUACAAAGACAGUAUUCGUGCUUGCAAAUUGCCCAGAAAAGAUAUCAAAAAAGACAAAAAGGAUGUUUCACUACCCUCCUGUAGCGCUAAAUAUGGAGCGAUUCACGAGGUAUUGCCCGACCUUCAACGGUACGUAAACACUCACAUAACUCGAAAUUUUGAAUACAUGCUCAUGGCCACUCACUACGGUAACUAUGAGAAAAGUCGUAAAGGUUUUGAGAAACUGUUCAUGGACUUAUCUGAUGCUAAGUGGGAAGCGGCCAUCGACCUGAUCAAGUACAUUACGAAACGUGGGGGCGAGAUGAAAUUUGACAAUGUUCAUGGGGAUACCGUUAACGAUGAAAAUGCCAGUUACGAAAUAUAUGAGCUAAACAGCUUAGCAAAGGCGCUCGAUUUUGAAAAGGAACUUGCAGAACGAGCACAUCAUAUCCAUGGAGAGACUACUCGCAGACGUGAAAGACUACACGAUCCCGAAGUGUCUUCUCAUAUCGAAAAUGAAUUUGUUCACAAGCAAGCGAAAACUAUUCGCAAACUGUCUGGGUACACUUCCGACUUAACAUCAUUAUUGAAUGGCCCCGAUAGCACUCUUGCUUUGUACAUCUUUGACGAAUAUCUUAAAAAACAAUCAAUUGUGUAAAACUUUAAAGUUUACCUAGGUCUAGGUAUAUGUGUAGAUAAGAUUGCACCAAUGUUAUCAAGUACACUACAAGUACAUUUAAAUACAUUAAUUUUUAUUGUUA